AUUGGACCAGGAGGAUUUGUGCAAUUAAAUUUUGACAAGUCAACGCCACCAGUUUCAGAAGGGGAUUAAGGCUUCAAGAAGAGACCUGCAGAUUUUUAAUCAACCUGCUCAGAAUUUCUGAGGAAGGUGGGACUUGAACGUGGAUCUUCUGACCCUGAGGAGACGCAACCAGCAACUACACUUUUUUUAAAUGCUGUGAUAAAAGCCAUCUUUAACUUGGCCAAUAUUUCUCCUAUAUUUUCCAAGACUCCUGGUUAGUUGAAUCGGUGUUCUUACUUUAGCCAGACUGCUGGUAGAAUGUGCUUCAAUUCUGUGAAGAUUAAUCUGCGGGAAUAAAAGCAAUGUGAGAUAAUACAGCUAAGCCUUCCAUCUUCACCUGGUGGUGUUUCCCAGUCUGAACGUGUUGGAACAAGCAAAUUUGGAAGACUGCAUUGAGGGGGGGGGGGGGGGGGGGGGAAAUUGGGUUGUUUACGUUUUGUGCUGGAAGUUUAACUAUGGGCCAGAGAGUUACUGUUGGACUGAAGACUGUGGAUGUGAGAGACCCGUCAUACAGGCCUCUUCGUCAUGAACUGCAAGGGCUUGACUAUUGCAAGCCAGCUCGACUGGACAUGCUCCUGGACAUGCCACCUGCUAACGGCGAGGUCCAGCUAUUGCACUCGUGGAACAAUGAUGAUCGAUCGCUCAACGUGUUUGUGAAAGAAGACGACAAAUUGAUAUUUCAUCGCCAUCCAGUGGCACAGAGUACUGAUGCCAUUAGAGGCAAAGUGGGAUAUACCAGAGGACUACAUGUCUGGGAAAUUACUUGGGCGAUGAGACAACGGGGAACACAUGCAGUGGUUGGUGUUGCAACAAUAGAUGCUCCUUUGCACUCUGUGGGUUACACAGCACUUGUUGGUAGUAAUUGUGAAUCCUGGGGCUGGGACCUCGGACGUAACAAACUUUAUUUUGACGGCAAAAACCAACCAAGCCAGACUUAUCCAGCUUUCUUGGAGCCCCAUGAAACCUUUAUAGUACCAGAUGUAUUCCUGGUGGUUUUGGACAUGGAUGAAGGAACUUUAAGCUAUAUUGUGGAUGGACAUUAUCUGGGAGUUGCGUGCAGAGGACUUAAAGGGAAAAAACUUUAUCCAGUUGUAAGUGCUGUUUGGGGUCACUGUGAGAUCCGAAUGCGCUACAUUAAUGGACUGGACCCUGAACCACUGCCAUUGAUGGACCUUUGUCGGCGUUCAGUACGGGUUGCUUUGGGCAAGGAUCGCUUACAGGAAAUCCACUCACUACCACUACCAGCCUCCCUGAAGAACUACCUUCUCUACCAGUGAUGGACUAAACAAUGGACUUGUACCCUAAGAGACACUGCACCCAGGCAGUUAUUUCAGCUUAACCUUCAUCCACUGUGUGGUGGGCAUUAUUUUUAAAUUCUGGUCAUUUUUUUUCCCCAAAGCUCAGCAGCUCACAAACAACAAUAGUUUUUUGGUUUAAGCAAACACUCAAUUAUUUUUUAAGGUAUGGAGUUUUUACAUAUUGGGGAUGUGAAUAUUUUUUACAGUGUACAUCAAAACAGACAUUUCCAUUAAUCCUUUCUGCAAUCAAAAUACAUAUCUAACUCCUGAUUUGGAAUUUGCUUGUUUGAUUUUGAAGGCAAUUUUCUUUUAUUUUUAAAAAUUCCAUUUGUAAAAUGGAAAUCUGUCCCUGUUUUCUGCCACAUAUUGCUACUUCCAUAUGCAAAUAGUGCUGAGCAUGCAAUAUAAUCUUUUUAAUAGCUGCUAUGAUGGGUGGUCAGGUGGGAGUUGGGAUCAGGAAUGGAGGAGAGCUGGGAUUAAAAUUUGCAUCGAACAUUUUGAGUACGGGGGAUGCUUUGAAGACCUAGUGUGACUUCCAGUUGAGUCCUGGAAAGAUCCAAAGGAGUUUCGUUAUCAACAAUUUUCUUGCCUCUGUGGUUUAUUUUUUCCUGGUAGAAAACUAAACCUAGCUUGUUUUUAAAAAUUACCUCACCUUCACUUUAUUUUCUUUUGUUGACUUGUUGCUCUCUCUUUGGUAACUAAAGUGCACAAUAAUGCCUGCAUUUGUGAAUUAAAGAGUAGCUGUCUCUCUCAAGCCAAACACUUUUUAUAAAGGAAUACAGACUCUUACUAGCAGGUCUGGUAGAAAACUCCUAUCAUGGCUUCACUUUGUAAGUAACUGUAUAAGUGACUUAGUUUUGGGGACUUCACCUAGCAUGUCCUAAUGUGAUGCAGCAUCUAUUGGUUUUAAUGUGCAAUAUGUGAAUGAAAUGGUUGUUUUAAAGCUAUCUUGAAAUAAAGUGUAACUUUCCA